AUGGCCGCCUAUCUCUGGCAGGCCUUCACCGGCGAGCAGAUGUACAGACACAACUUUGGCCGCAGGUGCUUCCACUUCGAGGAAGAGUGGCAGACCGGCAGCCUCAGCGGGCGAGACCCCGAGAACAGCAUCAUGCGCAGCGAGGCAAAGGUCCAUAUCAUCCGCUGCGACCACACCGUCCAGCAGCUCAGAGCUCUUAGCAAUAAUAAUAAUAAUAGCGGUACGGCUUCAACUUCUACCGACCUGUUCAGGGUCGCCAUGGACGCGGUACGCAAGUACUUUGACCUGCGUCCCGGAGAGCAGCGCUACGUCUCGGCCCUCCUGCUCGACACCCACUGGGACAGCAACACCCAGUCCCUGACCGGUCAUGCUGCCCUGGGAUCCUCGCAGUCCGCCGACCUCAAGCUCGCCCUGUUCGGCUCCCACGGCCUGCACAGCUACCCGGCCUGUCUCCAGGAUAUCGUCCCUUGCUUCUCAGACUGCGCACGCACAGACACCGCCUACGUUGCCAACCACAACAACGAGUGCGGCAGCAACUGGGAGACCGCCAGCUCCUCGCUCGGCCGCCACCUGCACGAGGUCGGCCACCUCUUCGGCUGCACCGACUCUGAUUCAGGCAUCAUGGGCUCCGACUACCUGCAUUUCAACCGGACCUUCAUGACCUGGGAGCCCUACUCGACUCGCACCAAGGAACAGGGCGCCCGUCUGCUCCUCCAGCCAGACGAAUGCCGCUGGAACCGUCUCGACGUCCUCAGAUUCCGCUUCCACCCUUGCUUCAAGAUGCCCAGCGACCCCAGCUGUCCCUCCUCAGACAUCAUCCAGCUCUGGUCCGUCGACGGCGAGAAGAUGCUCGCCACCUCCAGUGCUGGCAUCGCCUUUAUCGAGAUCUUCACCUCCGCCCAGACUGACGUUCCAGCUGCCUUUAUCGAGUACGUCGAUUCCAGCGCCGGCAACAGCGGCAUUCCAAAGGAAGCCAGCUUCACAGAGGCCGAGAUCAGAGCCCAGCUGCCGGACGGCGCUCGAAAGUCCAAGCUCGUCCGUCUACGCAUCUACUCGGGCUGUCUCUCCGUCCUCACCGUCUCCGACCUGUCCGCCCUGACUGCCAGCAAGGCCAAGGACUGGUGCGUCAAGAUACCCACCGUCACCGGCAGUGAACAGGCAAACUACCUUCCUUACCAGCCAGCAGACAGUCUGCAGGGCUCUCUAGAGAAACAGGACGUCUUCUUUGAGACAAACAAGCCCGUCACUACCAUAAGAGUGUACUCAGCGGAGAAGCCCGGUUCAGACCCUGAAGGUUCGCCCAGGACAACAAUUGCAGGCAUUGAGUUCCGCUAUGAAGACAGCAGCAGCCAGCUCUUUGGCUCCAGGGGGCAGGCCAUGAUUGACGACGAAUACACAAUUGAAUCUCGGCGAGGUGAAAUGAUGAUGGGCUUCCAUCUCCGCGCCGACAAAGACGGAGUACACGGCAUUGGGAUUCUUACUAGUUUCGGUAGACGGUCCGGCGUUUAUGGAUGUUCCAAGGCAACUCAGGGUGGCACCCUGGUCACACCCAAGGGUUUUAGAAUAACGGGAGUCACAGGCACCGUAGGCACGGGCAUGCACCCCAGCAUCAUGGGAUUUUCUCUUAUCAUUGCGCGAUAG